AUGUGUGACGAUGAUAUCUGCCCCCUUGUGGUUGACAAUGGCUCCGGCAUGUGCAAGGCCGGUUUCGCCGGAGACGACGCCCCUCGUGCCGUCUUCCCCUCCAUCGUCGGCCGCCCCCGUCAUCAGGGUGUAAUGGUCGGCAUGGGUCAGAAGGACGCCUACGUCGGCGAUGAGGCCCAGAGCAAGAGAGGUAUCCUCACCCUCAAGUACCCCAUCGAGCACGGUAUCAUCACCAACUGGGAUGACAUGGAAAAAAUCUGGCAUCACACUUUCUACAACGAACUUCGAAUUGCUCCUGAGGAAUCUCCCGUCCUCCUCACUGAGGCUCCUCUCAACCCCAAGGCCAACCGUGAGAAGAUGACCCAGAUCAUGUUCGAGACCUUCAGCACUCCAGCGACAUACGUUGCCAUUCAGGCUGUGUUAUCACUGUAUGCCUCAGGUCGUACUACAGGUAUCGUCCUCGACUCCGGUGACGGUGUGUCCCACACUGUUCCCAUCUACGAGGGUUAUGCUCUUCCCCACGCUAUCAUGCGCCUCGACUUGGCCGGCCGUGACUUGACUGACUACCUGAUGAAGAUCAUGAAAGAGCGUGGCUACUCCUUCACCACCACUGCUGAGCGUGAGAUCAUUCGAGAUAUAAAAGAAAAGCUAUGCUAUAUUGCCCUUGACUUCGAAAAUGAAAUGUCCCAUGCUGCAGCGUCUAGUUCCUUGGAUAAAUCCUAUGAGCUUCCCGAUGGUCAGGUCAUCACCAUCGGCAAUGAACGAUUCCGUGCUCCCGAAGCUCUGUUCCAGCCUUCCUUCCUCGGUAUGGAAUCGUCUGGCAUCCAUGAAACUGUCUACACAUCUAUCAUGAAGUGCGACGUCGACAUCAGGAAGGACCUGUACGCCAACACCGUCAUGUCUGGAGGCACCACCAUGUAUCCUGGUAUCGCUGAUCGCAUGCAGAAGGAGAUCACUUGCCUGGCUCCUUCCACAAUCAAAAUUAAGAUCAUUGCUCCUCCUGAGCGUAAAUACUCCGUGUGGAUCGGUGGUUCUAUCCUCUCCUCAUUGUCCACCUUCCAGGCCAUGUGGAUCUCAAAGGAAGAGUACGACGAGUCCGGCCCUGGAAUCGUUCACCGCAAAUGCUUCUAA